AUGGCCAGGCGCACCACCACCAGUGUGUUGGUUGUUUCGUCGUCCUCCCCCAGACUGGUCCUUCACAUGGCUCUGCCUGGUAUCCCAGGGGACUUGGUGGCAGAACACAUCUUGUCUGCUGCCAAGUCCUAUGUCCCCACUCCAAUCUUGAUGCUGGCUGUGUUCACCUUGCCAGUGACAGCACCUCUGGUUGUGGGUGAAAAAGCAACGCCUCGAGUUUUGACACCAAAGCGGCUGAAGCGACAAUUUCCCUACGCCGCGGAAGGCAAACGAUGGCCUGCCAGCGGUCGAUCCCAGCCGGCCUUCGGGCGGGAUCGCCUGCCGUGCCGUCUUCCGAGAGCGCCAAGCAGCGCUGAGAAAGGCGGGCGGGGAAGGCGCCUGCCGUGCAAUCGCAGGGCUGGGGCGGCCCUUAGCGGCGAGAGCGGGCAGCAGCGGGCGGCUCCGUCUUGCCCCUCCCAGCAGGGCCAGAGCAAGAGCGCUAUGGAGGAGGCGGAGAAGGCCGCCGCCGGGCCCAGGCGCCGCCGCCGCUCCAGCGGCCGCAGCAGCACGGAGCGAUCGCCAAGCCCCGGCCGCCUGGACGUGAGUUCGCCGCGCUUCGACCCGCUGCUGGCGCUCUACGCCGAGCGCACCCCUCUGCCUUACCCGGCCGCGCCCUGCUUCAACAAUCUGGCCGAGUACGAGAGCUUCCAGCGAGGCCUGCUCCGCGCCCCAAGACGCCAGCGAGGCUGCUCCGCCGGCACGCGCACCCGGAGCCGAGCCGGCCGGGCUCCCGCCGACCCCGAGCGCCUCCAGCGCCUCCGCAGCCUCAUGGUGGCCAAAGAGCCCGGGCCGGAGGCGGCCGAGCGGGACAGAGCGCGGGCCAGGAGGGAGCCGCGCAACGUGCUCACCAGGAUGCCCCUUCACGAAGGCAGUCCACUUGGAGAGCUUCACCGCUGUGUCCGCGAUGGUGUAAAAGUCAAUGUCCAUAUCCGAACUUUCAAAGGGCUUCGUGGAGUCUGCAGUGGUUUCUUGGUUGCAUUUGACAAGUUCUGGAAUAUGGCCUUGACUGACGUCGAUGAGACAUACCGAAAACCUGUACUGGGUAAAGCUUUCUAUGUUGAGCCACAGUUGACUCUCACUAGGCUGUUUGACAGACUCAAGCUGCAAGAAUCUUUGGUUAAAAAAGGAACUGAUUCAAAGAUGGCUGCAGAUCUGCCGGCCCUUCCGUUCGAUCCUAGGACGCUUGGGUGGAAACCUGAGUCAGGAUGGGGAAGAUCAGAGGAAGAACGUGGAGCAAAAAAGCACUCUAGCAGAGAGAGGACACGCAGCUCUAGUUUGCCUCGAACCUCUAGGAAGGAGGCUGAACUUCCUGGAAGAACCUCCCAAACAGAGGGGAAGAGCGCAAGUGCCCCAAGAGGUCGGUCAGGGAAAAAGCAGAGGCCCAAACUGGAUUAUCAGCAAGUGUUCACACGGCACAUAAACCAGAUCUUUAUUCGGGGGGAGAAUGUCUUGCUUGUUCAUCUAGCGCAUUGACCUGAUAGAUCCACCUUAUUCAAGCAGUAGAAUGAACAGCAGUGACAGCUGUGUGCUACAUUGUGUGUUGCUGUGAAACAUUAUGGCAUUAACUCUUUCCCCCUUCCUUUGACCAGAAGGGAGAGAUGGUAAUGGACUUUGGAGGCAAGAUCAUCUGGAGCCAGUUGCCAGCUUAUUUGGACUAGGAUGUGGCCCAAGGACUUUGUUGCCUUCAAAGAAACGGGUGUCCUAUGGCUUGAUGGACUCAUGGCCCGUGGAAUUUUUCAACAUUGCAAUGCUGGGAUAUGGGACAAGUCUCACUGCAUAUUUUAAGGCUGCACAGACUCAGACUACUGAUAGAUGCCAAGCACUCUGCUUUUCCUAAGUGGCUACAAAACAACCAGUGAUUUUGGUGCUUCAAUGUGGAAUGCUAGUCAUUUAAAAUCAUGGCAAAGCAUGCUUGUAAAAAUGGUAAGGGAAUGAAGAGCUCGUGGAAAGGAGGAAUGGCUGUAGGUAGUAGCUUGCUCGGACCCCCUCUCCCUCAUCCCUGCUA